AUUGAACAGCGAACCCCUUCGGCUUUUGGAAUUUCAGCCCAGCCGAAGAGCUCCCCAGUCCCCACUCGUCUCGCCUUGAUCAGACUCCGCCUCCCAUCGCCGCCGCCGCUUCCUUUGCCGUUCAGUUCCGGCAGCCGCCUCUCUCCCUGCGGUUCACCGCAUCCCUCUGAGCCCUCUGAUUUGUUUUCGAUGGAGUUGCAGUCGGGCCGUUGCCCUAGGUCGCAAUCGCCGCCAGCAGCUCGCCGUCGUUCCCCGCCCCGCCACAGCCCAGACGACGGCGGAGAGGACCGGAUCGGUGCCCUUCCCGACGAAAUGAAGCUCGAGGUCCUCAACCGCCUCCGUUGCCCCCGCGCCGCCGCCCUCACGAGCGCCCUCUCCCGCCGGUGGCGCGGCCUCUGGACACACCUCACCGAGCUCUCCUUCCGCGAUAUCGCGCCGGAUGCACUCGACGCGGCCCUCAAGCAGGUAGCCUGCCCUACUCUGUCCUGCCUCGAAAUCGACAUCCCACUGCGACACAUCUUCAGGGGGGCCCUGCCCGCGUCUCCGCGCUGCUCCAUACCGCCGCGCGGCUCGCCCCGGCGGAUCUCGUCUUCACUGUCAGGGGCUACCCUAGAUAUCAUGACAUCCCUAUCGAGAUACCAUGCUUCCACCGCGCCAUCUCGGUCAAGCUUCGCGUGGACGCCUUCUAUCUGACACUGCCGGCACAGGGCGCUGAGUUUCCCGUGCUGGAGAGGCUGUCCAUCGCUUCCUUCCGCUUCAACAUCCCUGAUCUGGUCCUGCUGCAGUGCCCUCGCCUGCGUGUGCUAGAGGUAUGCGGCCGCCCGGAUCUAGGCACAAUCAGAGUCCACUCGCUGACGAUUGAGGAGCUUUUCGUGACAAGCGAUGGAAGGCUGAGUAACAUUGAUAUCAUGGCCCCCGUGCUUAAGCAGUGCAAGGUGUCAGGCCUGGAUGGGCAAAGAUUUCACCAUGUUGUUCUCAGCGCCGAUGAUGGACAAUCUUUUGUGAUGGUGGGGAGCGUCUAUGUCCUAACAUUGCUUCUAUCUCCUCUUCCUCCGGAUUUCGUGGGAAGCGCCGACCUGAGCUUUUCUCAAGCAAUGGCACUACUUCCUGCCAUUUCUGUUUGUCAGUUAUCUUUAUAUUUAACGCCGGGACAUGUUUUUGGAGCAAUGGUAUUGGAUGUACUUGGAGCUUGUUCCACUAUAACAAGGCUUAAGGUGUCCAUUCGACCAAAUGAGGGCAAAGAAGCACGCCACCUACCAAAUUGUCCUUGUGAUCAACCCCAAAACUGGAGAAGCGAAAAUAUCUCCUUGAUAGCUCUAGAAGAAGUAGAAAUAGUUGGUUUUGGUGGAACUGAUCAUGAAGUUGAUUUCUUGAAACUACUGUUGAGAUGCGCGACUCUGAUGAAAAGAAUGACCGUGAAGUUGUCCCCUGAGGUUUUACCAAGUGACAGAGGAUGCAAGGAAAUCUACAACAUUUGUAUGGGAAACCCUGAUAUGCAGUGUUCUAUUUAUAGCAGCGGCGGUGACCAGGGCCAGUAUGCAUGAUGGCCAAGUGCUUCUAGGUGCAAGAGUUAUAUCCUCAAGCUGUGUCUUGUCAAAACUUGAGGUCGGGAUGUGUUUACCUUUUGCCUAGCCUUCAUGUGUUGAUACAGACUUAAAACAGUUACAGAAACAUGUUUCAUGGCCGUACUACAUGAACGAAAUGUAUGGAGUACUGAACUAUACUAAUAGAAUGGCUUCAUGCCUGGAUCCAACAAAACAUUGCAGCUUAAACCUGCGUGAUCCAUGAUAGUGCCGCUGAGCAUGGGCCUUUCUUUUUUCUGCA